AUGACAGAUAACAAAGUAAACAUUACGGAUAAUUUGGAGUCGUUAAAGGAAGGAGAAAUUGUGACCGAUGAAAAGACAGGAAAAAAGUAUCGUGUCAAAAAAAAUAUCAUGCCACAUUAUUCAGCAGGUGGGCCACAUGGAUUAGGAGAUCCGGAAGAUCGAACUUUGCGUAAAAUUGAAGCUGAUGUGAUUAUCCCAAACCGAAUGAACACACGGAUCGAACGUGUAGAAUGCAGUGAAUCAUAUUUAGGCCUAGUUUCUUGUUUCCGGACGGAUGGCGCUGUAUCAGGCCUCAACACAUGCAAGCCGGCUCUUGAACUUUUCAAUCGGUGCAAAUAUGAGAAAUUCCACGAUCCUGCGUUCCGAACCAAAAUCACUGAUGAAUACAUUGCGGAAAGAUCGGCAGCCCGAGCCAGUGGAAUGACAUCGCAACAGCGAAAAUUGGAAGAGUUCCGGGAAUGGAAAAAGAGUAACGAAGGAAAAUAA